CAACCGAUCGACCGCGCAUGCACCCUGGGGAAUCCUCUCGAGCACCUCAUUUCCUGCCUACAAAAGUCCAGUGCCUUGCAUAGCUCCGGAUUGCGCCAUCCUCAACACCCGCCACAUGCCCGAUUCCCGUUAUAACUGAUUGCCAACCUUACCUCAUUCCACCUUCGCCGGAUACCCACCUCGACGGAGCGAGCCCCUCUCGUCUCCCAGGUACGCGAAGCCAGCGAUAAAUAGCAACGAACCCGUCGCGCCCUCUUCCUGCGCAGCACGCCUGACCACCACGAAACCCCAAUACUCCCCAAAUUGAGCAUUGCAAAACCACCGGUCCAUUGAUUGACUCACCAUCUUGGUCAGCAGACGGCGCGAUUGCGUGAUUGAUUCCCUUUCGGAGCUUGGGGCGCACCCGAAACAAAGCACCGUAGUCUCUUUUUUCUCUCCUGUUCGGUCUACCGGUAGAGCGGGGCAAUUUCCACUCAAUUCGUACGGAUACCCUCGACUACAAGAGGUUUUUUUUCUUCUUCAUACGUAACACGUCAGGAAGAGGAAAAAAUCGAGGACCCCGCGACUCGGUUACCGUCGACUUUAUUCACACACGCACACACACAUAAACACCGAGCCUUGAUUUUCUCAAUUCCGUUCCCCUUGUUCUUGAUACCCUCGUCUUUUAAAAACAUACCUUGGAAGCACGAACCCUUUUGAAAACCACCGUCAUCAAUCCCCCUCUCCACGCCUAGGACCCCUCCACAAAGACCCCUCCAAGGACCCCUCCAUCGUCACAAUCAUGACCGUCCCUGCCGAGCACCCUAUCGAGACCCCUCCGCGGGCGCCCUCUCCCGUCCACAACUUCGGCACCCUCGCCGUUCACGCCGGAUCUCCCAUUGACCCCGUCACCGGCGCCGUCAUCGAGCCCAUCUCGCUGUCCACGACCUUUGCCCAGACCAGCGUCGGCAAGCCUGUCGGCGUUUACGAAUACUCACGCUCCAGCAACCCUAACCGCGACAACUUCGAGCAGGCCGUCGCCGCCCUCGAGCACGCAAAGUACGCCCUCGCCUUCUCCUCCGGCUCCGCCACCACCGCCGUCGUCCUCCAGUCCCUUGCCGCUGGCUCCCACGUCAUCUCCGUCUCCGAUGUCUACGGUGGCACCCACCGCUACUUCACUCAGGUUGCAAAGGCCCACGGCGUCAAGGUCACCUUCACCCCCGAGAUCGAGGUCGACAUCUCGGCCCACAUCACCCCAGCCACCAAGCUCGUCUGGAUCGAGAGCCCCUCAAACCCGACCCUCCGCCUCGUCGAUGUCCGCGCCGUCGUUACCCAGGCCCACAAACACGGCAUUCAGGUCGUCGUUGACAACACCUUCCUCUCCCCUUACGUCCAGAACCCCCUCGACUUCGGCGCCGACAUCGUCGUCCACUCCGUCACAAAGUACAUUAAUGGCCACUCCGACGUUGUCAUGGGUGUCGCCGCCUUCAACUCGGACGACCUCAAGCAACGCCUCGGCUUCCUCCAAAACGCCAUCGGCGCCGUACCCUCUGCCUUUGACUGCUGGCUCGCCCAUCGCGGCCUCAAGACCCUCCACCUCCGCGCCCGCGAGGCAUCCCGCAACGCCACCGCCGUCGCCACCGCCCUCGAGGCCUCGGAUAACGUCAUUGGCGUCAACUACCCCGGCCUCGACUCCCACCCCCACCGCGCUAUCGCCAAGAAGCAGCACCGUGACGGUAUGGGCGGCGGCAUGCUCUCCUUCCGCAUCAAGGGUGGCCACGCCGCCGCCGAGCGCUUCUGCCAGUUCACCCGCAUCUUCACCCUCGCCGAGUCCCUCGGCGGCGUUGAGUCUCUCGUCGAGCUCCCUAGCAGCAUGACCCACGCCGGCAUCCCCAAGGACCAACGUGAGGCCGUCGGUGUCUUUGACGACCUCGUCCGUAUCAGCUGCGGUGUCGAGGACGCCGAGGACCUGCGCCGCGACGUGCUGCAGGCCCUCGACAAGGCUGUUGCCGAGCAGCAGAAUGGCUCCAACGGGUCCAACGGCGUUAACGGACACUAAGGGGAGGGGGAAGAAGAAGAAAGAUCAGAAGGGCGGGGGAGUGAUACCCACCCGUUUCAUGAAGUCUAACGUAUUUCGGGUUUCUAAAUUUAACGAAUCCAUCGCCGCGAGCGUAGCCGCUCCUGAUGUUCUCUUGGGUGGCUGAAUCUUUUUUGUUUUCUUUUUCUUCAUUCUACU